AUGGCAGCUCAGCAGCCAUUGUGGUGUUGGCUUCCUUGGAAUCUUGACCAUGUAGAUUGCCAAAACCCAGUGCCAGCUGACGAGCGAUGUGACGAGCGAUGUCCUGAUUUAAAGUGUUGUAAAGGGUUUUAUUGCAUACCGGUUUUAUUGGACACCCGUAUUUCCGUGUUCUCGGAUCGAUUCGAGCACUCGGGUUGUUUGACGACAUUUUGGGACACACUGGUGACAGCGAAGCGGCCGCAUUAUCGAAUGUUCUGGAAUUGGAGAGCAAAAUAUGGCGAUACUCCAUACGGUCCACGAUGGAUUCUCAACGAUGAGCAGAAUGCUGCGGGUCCAACUCUACACGAAAUAAACAAACGAAUGAAUGAGCUAAAGCAA